AUGGUGGUUGCAGGACGGCAUACGGCAAUUCAGCAGGCCAGCACCAGCACCAGCACCGGCACCAGCACCAGCACCGGCACCAGCACCAGCACCGGCACCAGCACCAGCACCGGCACCAGCACCAGCACCGGCACCAGCACCAGCACCGGCGUGCUCACUAGGCUGUCGCUCCCAGAGUUCCAGACGCGCAUCUGCUUCAGGCGCUACUUUGCACGCCCGCCGUCGCAGCGAAUCCGUGCAUCCACCGUCGCCGUCGCCGCCGUCGCCUGUCGCCCGUCCACGCCUCCAUUGCGGCACCCACGACGCUGGCGGCCCCCUCCUGCGCCCAUCGACGCUGCGAACCCCUUUGACGGGAGCUGUUUGGCGGAUCGAGCCGACGGACGGAAGCGUCAACACUGCUCGACCACGUCGCAGCAUCGUCACGCGCAAACAACCGCGCUGGAACACUGUCUCGACGACCGCCCCGCGACCAACCGUCACGACCGUCACGGCUCACUCCCUUGCGACGCCCUGGGCCUAGUGUCCAUCACCCUCCCCGCCCGGCCUCUCCCUCCUCCCUCGUCCCGCGGCCGCGAGCCGCAACGCACCACCGCCAGCAUGGGCAUCUGCAUGAGCACCAGCAACGACGAUGUCGAGCAGAAGAAGCGCAGCCAGGCCAUUGACCGCAAGCUCGAGGAGGACUCGCGACGAUUACGGCGGGAAUGCAAGAUCCUGCUGCUGGGCUCCGGCGAGAGUGGCAAGUCGACCAUUGUCAAGCAGAUGAAGAUCAUCCACCAGAACGGCUACACCCAGGAAGAGCUCGCCAUGUACCGCCUCACCAUCUACAAGAACCCCUCAUCUGGCGCCAUGCGCCAAUUCGAGAUCCAGCCCGAGUCGCCGGGCAACGACGAGUUCUGCAACUACCUGGUCGACUACACCGUCGACCCCGACCCCGAGAAGCCGCUCGACAUGCGCGUCGGACAAGCCAUAACCGCCAUGUGGCGCGAUCCCUGCAUACCAAAGGUCCUCGAGCACUCGAGCGAGUUCUACCUCAUGGACUCGGCCCCAUAUUUCUUCGACGAAGUCGAGCGGAUAUCAGACCGCGACUACAUACCCAUCGAGUCGGACGUCCUGCGAGCGCGUACUAAGACGACCGGUAUCUACGAGACGAGAUUCACAAUGGGCCAGCUCAGCAUCCACGAGCGCAAGAAAUGGAUACACUGUUUCGAAAACGUCACAUCCAUCAUCUUCUGCGUGGCAUUGAGCGAGUACGACCAAGUGCUGUUAGAAAGAGAGCUCACAAGACUCGCUGCUUCCUCUACUGACUCGCAAACACAGAACCGAAUGAUGGAGAGCCUCGUUCUAUUCGACUCGGUUGUCAAUAGCCGGUGGUUCAUGAGAACCAGUAUCAUCUUGUUUCUGAACAAGGUCGAUCUCUUCAAGGCGAAGCUAGCGCGAUCCCCGCUGGGCAAUUACUUCCCCGACUACUCUGGCGGCAACGAUGUGAACCGCGCCGCCAAGUACCUCCUGUGGAGAUUUAACCAAGUUAAUCGAGCACAUCUCAACCUAUACCCUCAGUAA